AUUUAUUUAUAACCUUUAACAUCAAAACUCCCAAUAAAAUCGGAAUCUACCUAAGAAUCAUCCCGACAGGUAACAUUUCCGAUUUAAAAAAACCUCACGCAAAUUGGUCCACCCGUUCAGGAGCCACGAAUCACUGACCACAACUAAGUUCGCGUAGAAGUCGUCAAACUGCCAACACCCAUAUAGCAGAUUUUUUUGUGAAGAGACAUGUUAUUACUGGAAAAUCACCACCUUAAGAGAUGUUUCUACUUCUAUAUUUAUUUCGAACCUAAUUAAGCUUCACGUACGCCAAGUUUCAUACUUCAUCCGAAUGAGAAUGUAGACCAUUUAAAUUUGUAAAGGAAGAUUAGAACAAAAGGAUAAUAAAGAUGUAUGGAUGUUGCCCAUCAUUUAGUUUGGAGGUAUUGAUCACAAACAAUUUAAUAAAUUCCAAUAUCUUACAAUUCAUUCAACGUAAAAAAGUACAAUUAUCCAAAUCAUUGUAAAUCUUCACUAGUGUUUAUCACCCAAAUAUAAAGCAUCGCCUGGCAACACAUUAUCGCUUCGCUGACCAAAUUCUGUGCUGCACGUGGGAUAGUCCUUAUAAACGGUGAAUAUAGAGAUCCAUAUUACAUAACUCGCGCGCAAAUUCGCCAGUCCGUUGAAUAUUUUUCAAUGAAUUUGUCGCGCCCAAGGUUAUAAGGUAGCCGCUCUUUAUUUUAGGUUAUAUCAUUCAUUGGUGUAAAAUUAAAUAAAAACCGCGAUAAAAGACAAAUUGUAAUAGUUGCCCCAACUCUAAACGUUAUUAUUUUGCGUUAAUAUCUUUGGGGCUUUAUGGAUAGCUGUUUAACAUGUUUAUAUUUAUAUAUUCAUAAAAACAUACAUUUCUAGUGAGUCUAGCUGUUUACAAACAAAACCGGUAUGUAUUGGAAGUUUAGAUCUGACAUUCUUUCUACAGAAUGUGAAAAUUAUUGGAUAAUGUUUAUCCAUAACAAUCUUAUUGUUACCGGCUUUUCGUGAAUAUAUCACUUUUGCCUUUACAUAUUGAUAAUAUAAAUCUGUUCAUUAUUAUCAAGAAUUAAUCGUAAUAAAUCAUUGUUGCUAAAAAUAGCAAUUUUCAUUAUCAUUAAUUUAUUUAUUUCGGCAUUCAAUUUGUGCAGUGUUCUUGAACUUAUAUUUCAAAAUUUUUGGUUGUUUAGGUAGUUUUUUUUAACUAUGUUAAUUAAGUCCGUUCUUAUGGGGGCGAUAAUGGUAAUAUAUUUGCGUAUUCGAAAAACACACUUAAAAAAGAAAAAAGAACUUAUAUUUGUUGUCAUGUUCUCGCAUCCAGACACGGAUUGUUAGCUAUCAGUUGCGAUAAUCAUAUAAGGAUUAGAAGGUAAUAGAUAAGGUACCAUAACGCAGGUGUUCACGAUAGGUAAAGUUAUCAAAAUAAUCUAUUUUAUGUUUUGUUACUCAGUCUCAAAUAUGAAGCGAUUGUGAGUGGUCUGAAUAUAGUGAACAAUUUUAUAAUUUAUAAACAUGUUGAUAUCAUGCACUGUUAUGUUUAUAUACGCCAUGCUGCCCUCAUCGUGGAAAGCCCGCAUCAUCAGCUGGCUAGAAGAGCACAGAGAGCUGGUGGUCCUUGUCUUCUGCCUGCCAGCCAGCUUCUUGUUCAGUCUGUUUUUGAAAGUGCGAGCGGCCGCCCGUCGCUUCACCACCGGCAGCCAUGAUGAAAGGGUCCGCGAGAUACAGCGACAGGUGCAGGCAUGGAACCAACUGGACAAAGACAACCGCCGCCUGUUGUGCACGGCGCGACCUAACUGGUUGUCGCUCUCCACUACAUUCUUCCAAAAACAUCUGCACCAUCGGGUCCCAAUCCCCCUGUACGAUAUCUUAGAGCUGGAUGAAGCCAACAUGUCGGUCCGCGUGGAACCGAUGGUCACCAUCGGAGACAUCACCAAGUUCCUCAUUCCUAAAGGAUACUCGCUGGCGGUCACCAUCGAGUUGGAUGACGCCACGCUGGGAGGUCUGGCGUUCGGUACCGGCAUGUCAACUCACUCGCACAAGGCGGGCCUGUACCACGAGACCAUCACCAGCUACGAGGUGGUAGUCGCCGACGGUUCCGUGGUAACGGCCACGCCACACGAACAUAAAGAACUCUACCAAGCAUUACCUUGGUCGCAUGGAAGCUUAGGGUUCUUAGUCGCUUUGACGCUGAGAAUCGUCAAAAUCAAACCGUAUAUAAAAAUUAAGUACAUUCCAGUUAAAGGUCAGGAAAAUUACUGUAACAUGAUGAGGGAAUUAUCAGGAGCGUAUGAAGCUAAACCUAAAGAGUUCCCAGACUACAUCGAAGGAACCAUCUUUAGCAAGAACGAAGCUGUCAUCAUGACGGGAGAUUAUGCGGACUACGACCCGAAAAUACCUAUCAAUGAGUGUUCCAAAUGGUAUAAACCCUGGUUUUAUAAACAUGUUGAAAGCUUUUUGAAGAAUGGGGAAUCUGAAGAGCUUAUACCAUUAAGAGAUUACUUGCUAAGGCAUAAUAGAGCAAUAUUCUGGGUAGUUGAAGAUAUGCUUUCGUUCGGCAAUAAUUUUCUGUUCAGAACACUAUUUGGUUGGCUGUUACCGCCAAAACCAGCGUUUUUAAAAUUCACAACUACCCCAGGAGUACGUGAAUAUACUUUCACUAAACAAGUCUUCCAAGAUAUAGUACUCCCUAUCAAAGAAUUGGAAAAGCAAGUUGAUAUAGUGACAGAGCUUUUCGACAAGUACCCAUUACUAGUGUAUCCAUGUAAAGUUAUAGAUCACGGGCCUUCAUCCGGGCAACUGAAGAGGCCAGACCCUAGAUAUAUGGUACCCGGUACCAACUACGCGAUGUAUAAUGAUUUGGGAGUAUAUGGAGUGCCUGGGAAGGUGAAAGACAAGAAGAAAUACAACCCUGUAGAUGCUAUGAGGAAAAUGGAGAAGUUUACUAGAGAUGUUGGGGGAUUUUCGUUCUUGUAUGCGGAUAUAUUUAUGACGCGGGAGGAGUUUGAGAAGAUGUUCGAUUUGACGUUGUAUGAGAGAGUGAGGAAACAGUAUGGGGCGGAAGGCGCAUUUCCGCAUUUGUACGAUAAGGUGAAGCCAGAGUUGGAUGUGUUUGCUAUUGGGGUGAAGGCCAUCGGGGAAGAGAAAUCUAACUAAUACGCGUCACGAAAUGUACAAUAUGUUUUAAGAAAUAAAUAUUUUUAUAUUUUUUCAUAACUAAAUUCGGCAUUUAUUUUA